AGCCGCGCCACGCAGGUUCUGGGCAUCGCUACGAUCGACGUGACGGCAGCCUACCUACGCCAGUGAGCUCUUCCGCUAGAUCACCCUGCCGGUUCUAAUGCAAACCCUCAGUGUUUGCGUGAGAAGGGCAUCUCCAUCCGUCCAGGUGGCAAUCUGAAAACUGGCACACCAACUAUGUGAUCUUUUGGCCACUUGAACACCGGUCUCUCCCAAACUGCGGCGAGCUAUGAACGAUGAUCCGGGCCCGAGCUCUGCGGCCCGGCAGCUACCGCCGCGGUCCGAUGGCGAGCACGGCGUCGGUGAGCACGGUAUGCGCGCCGGCAGGGGAAGCGACGACCAAACUCAGAACAGAUCCGCAUCGCAAAAACAGGAGAAGCAGCGGGAGGGGCUCGCCAAGAAGCUCGAGUUCAUCAGCCACUUGCAGAAGAGCCUGGACAUGAUCGUUUUCGCCUACAUCUGCACCUUGUAUUACAUGGAAUGCUCGUUUUUCCGAUUUGUGCUCCGCCUCCUGCCGCACUACUCCUUCCUAACCCCCAAAGACGGCCUGCUCCUGCCCGCCGAGCAUCCGCACAUAUACACCAUCUUCGUGCCAAGCGUUCUCUGCAUGUUGGCGCACAUUCUCUUCGCCCUGCCGGAAGCCGGGGAAGCGACGCGCGGUUACCUGCACGGAGGUGUCAUCAUCGACUUCGUCGGCCAGAAACCGCCGACGACGAAGCUCGCCUUUUUGUUCCUCGACCUGGUGAUCUUGGGCGCGCAGUGCUUGAUGUUGGCAGUACACCAGGAAAGGGAGAGACUCAAGAAGAUUGUCGUCCCGUCACUGCGGACGCUCCAUUUCAGCGGCGGCCAAACCGGCCAGGCCGUGACGCAGGAGUCGACGCAGGACCAUGAUGCCGAAGAGCGUGGGGUACUGCGAGAUGAGAACGUGGAGGUUCACAGCGCCCAGGAUGCUGAGAGGAACCCGACGGACGGCGAGCGGACGGGAGACACAUAUUCCUCGGCCGUCGCGAAUGCCGAUAUGGUGGAUAUACUAAGGUCCGGCAACGCCGUCCUAUCCAACUUCCAUGUCAUCCACGCUGUCCGAAGCGUGGGGGGCGGUGCUCAGAGUGCCGCAGCGUACUCGCUCCGGUCCCUGGGUUAUAGUGCUACACUUGCCGCGCUCGCGGCAGAACGACGGAGUCGGCUCAUCCGGGGGCAGCAGCGGUAGCAGUACCUAACCUUGCCCUCUUCAGUUAGUUGCACAACACCUCGUUCUCUUCCAC